GGAUAGCAGGGCGGCUGUUUUCCGGGAGUGGGCUCAGUUGGCCGCACUGGUGACGUAUAGACGCGCGCGCCAGGGGCGCAUGCGCAAGGUGGAGGGACGGCGGGCAGCGAGGAGCGGUCAGAGGUACCUACCGCUCCGGCCGCGGACGCCAAGGGCUGAAGGCGAGACUGGGCCGCGAACCUCCCCGGCUCUCUCUACAACGCGGUCUCAGUCGCGGAGGGCGGCUGAGAGGACCGAACGGGUCACGUGUGCAGAGCGCAUGCGCCCGGACCCGAGGUGUGAUCAGCAUUGGAAAAGAUGCCAGCCCCAGCUGCCACAUAUGAAAGAAUAGUUUACAGAAAUCCCUCUGAGCACCACUACAUGAAAGUCCACCUAGAAUUUCAAGAUCAUGGCAUUGGACUGAAUGCUGCACAGUUCAAACAGCUGCUUAUUUCAGCCCUGAAGGACCUGUUUGGAGAGGUUGAUGCUGCUUUACCCUUGGACAUCCUGACCUACGAAGAGAAGACCUUGUCAGCCAUCUUGAGAAUAUGCAGCAGUGGUCUUGUCAAAUUGUGGAGCUCUUUGACCCUGUUAGGAUCCUAUAAAGGCAAGAAAUGUGCUUUCAGAGUGAUUCAGGUUUCUCCAUUUCUCCUUGCAUUAUCUGGUAACAGUAGAGAACUAGUAUUGAAUUGAAUAGUCUUCAAUUUCAGAAGUAUUCCUCGUUCUCAAAAGUACAUUUUGGUGCCAGCAUAAUGUUUGAAGACUGAAGCAGCCUAAAAGUUCCUGUUGAUGGAAUUUGAGACCUCUGAAGAUGCUCCCAGUAAUUUCCAGCCAUCGCCUUUGGUGGGGUAGGCUUCAGAGGAGUAUCUGCCUGAACCAAGCAGUGCUAAACAGGCAGCACUUACAGCAUGUGCACAUCAGAGUUGGAGACCGGGCUGAACUCAGUAGGGCCUUCACACAGAGGGAUGUGGCUGUCUUCUCAGAAUUAACAGGGGAUGUCAAUCCUUUGCAUUUGGAUGAAGAUUUUGCAAAACACACCAGAUUUGGAAAGACGAUUGUACAUGGAGUUUUGAUCAAUGGACUUAUUUCAGCUCUCCUAGGUACUAAAAUGCCAGGGCCAGGCUGUGUAUUUCUUUCCCAGGAAAUUAACUUUCCAGCCCCUUUAUAUAUUGGGGAAGUUGUUUUAGCUUCUGCAGAAGUGAAAAAGCUGAAGCGGUUCCUUGCUAUUAUUGCAGUGUCAUGUUUUGUACUAGAAAGUAAAAA